CAACAAAGCAAUAUCUUUACCCACAAUCCUUUGCCUCUGUCAGAAUAGCUAACCAGCUACCGCUCAUUGGGAAAUUUAACAGUACAGGCAUGGCAAAUGUGUCCUCCAUUCUCAUCAUUCGCUCCUAUGCUAAGGGAGCUGUCCUAAACAUCCCAUCAUCACAUGGCUCCCUCAUCAGCGGAAGCCAUGGAUGACCUGACGCCUACGAUUGUAGGCCCUCUGAAGCGCAAAGUACAUCCGAAGAGAAGACCUGCUGAGAUCAUAAAGACCAAACUGCAGCGAAACCUUUCGUGUUCGGCAUCUAAAGUGAAGAACACUCUAACAGGCUUUUUCCCUGUUGUGCAAUGGCUUCCAAAAUACAAGGUAAAGGAUUAUAUAUGGGGAGAUCUGAUGUCUGGGCUGAUCAUUGGCAUCAUACUGAUCCCACAAGCCAUUGCAUACUGCCUGCUGGCGGGCUUGGAACCUAUCUACGGCUUGUACACGUCAUUUUUUUCAAACAUCAUAUAUUUUUUUAUGGGAACAUCGAGACAUGUAUCUGUGGGUAUCUUUAGCCUCAUGAGUCUGAUGAUUGGACAAGUUGUGGAUCGAGAGGUCUUUCUAGCAGGCUUUGAUCUAAACGAAGACAGUAAGCAGAACGCAUUUGAUGUCAGGUUAAAUGAAACUUGGGAAAGCAACACCACUGUCAACCCGAAAAUGAUGGUAUUGAAUAUGGAAUGUGGAAAGGAAUGCUACGCCAUCGGCAUUGCUACGGCUGUAACCUUUCUUGCUGGAAUCUACCAGGUUCUGAUGGCUGUGCUUAGAUUGGGCUUCGUCUCGGUUUAUCUCUCUGCUCCUAUGCUUGAUGGCUUUGCCACUGGUGCAUCUUGCACCAUCCUUACUGUCCAGGCAAAGUAUUUGCUCGGCCUUAAGAUCCCUCGCCACCAAGGUUACGGCACGGUUGUAGUCACCUGGAUCAACAUCUUCAAGAACAUUCACAAUACAAACUUCUGUGAUUUGAUAACAAGUGCCAUUUGCAUCAUAAUACUAGUCGGAGGAAAGGAGAUCCAAGAUCGGUACAAAGACCGUCUGAAGAUUCCUCUCCCAACAGAACUGGUGGUAGUUGCACUUGCCACUAUAGUUUCCCACUUUGCAGAUCUAAAUGGGCAAUAUAGCUCAAGCAUCUCAGGUGAGAUUCCAACUGGUUUCAUCCCCCCAAAAGUGCCUAGCUUUGAACUGAUGCCCAGGGUAGCCUGGGAUGCCAUUCCAUUAGCGGUUAUAAGUUUUGCAUUUACAGUUUCACUGUCUGAGAUGUUUGCCAAGAAGAACGGAUACACAGUUAGACCCAACCAAGAGAUGAUAGCGAUCGGGUUCUGCAACAUAAUUCCAUCUUUUUUCCAUUCUUUCACUACUAGCGCUGCUCUUGCCAAGACUAUGGUGAAAGAUUCGGCAGGUUGCAAGACUCAGAUCUCCAGCCUAGUGAGUGCCUUAGUGGUUCUCCUUGUUCUUCUCUUUUUCGCACCAUUUUUCUACGCCCUGCAGAAAUGCGUCCUCGCCUGCAUCAUCAUCGUCAGUCUGCGGGGUGCCCUGCAUAAAUUUCUAGACGUCCCGAAGCAAUGGCGCACAAGCAAGAGCGAAACGGUUGUCUGGAUGGUGACCAUGUGCUCCACUGCUCUGAUCAGUGUGGAGCUUGGGUUGCUGAUUGGUGUGCUCUUCUCCAUGAUUUGUGUGGUGGCGCAGACUCAAAAUCCUAAGAUUGCUUUGCUUGGACAAAUUGAACAAACCAAUGACUAUGAAGACAUGGCAGAAUAUGAGGAUCUUUCACCUGUUCCCAAAGUGAAGAUCUUUCGAUUUCAGGCUCCUUUGUAUUACGCCAACAAAGACUACUUUUUAAAGUCAUUAUAUAAAGCAACUGAUCUUGACCCGUUCGUUGAAAUGAACCGUAGAAGAAAACUAGAGAAAAAAGCUAGGGAAAAGGUAGCAAAAAAGAAUAACGGUGUGGACCAAACAAAUGGAGACGUUACUAUAAAUUUGAUUUCAAAAGAGUUGGAUUUUCAUACUAUCAUCUUGGACUGCUCCUCCAUUUCAUUUAUAGACACAACAGGAGUGAACACCCUUAAAACGGUAUUAAAAGACUAUAAGGGUGUUGGUGUGAAUGUAAUUCUGGCUUGUUGCAACUCGACAUUAAUAGAUUCUUUAUCGAGAGGUUCGUUCUUUGGGGCUGGAGACCAAAAUAUGGAAAAACUGUCAUUCCAUACCGUCCAUAGUGCUGUUUGUUUUGCUAGCGGGACGGCGCAACCAGUUAAUGACUCCUCUGUGUAAUGUGUCCACAGUUUUAUCAGCAAAAGAGCUAUUUUCUGUUCAAACAUUUCCUGAAACAUUUAACCUGGAAAAUGCUCUCGUGUUAAACAGGUUUAUGAAAUCAAAAGUCUACUCCUGUUUGAGUCUCAAGUGAAUUUUCGGCAUGGUUGUUUUCAGAAUGCCUUUUCGUGUAAAUGUGCUUUUUUACAAAGAUUUUACAAAAAUGUUAAAAAGAUAAAAAGUUAAUAUUUGUAAUAAUUUGUAUUUGGUAUACUUUUAAUGACAACUAUCAUGACUUUCAACAGUAUAAGAAUACUGUGACAGAUCUGUGAAAUACCCUGUGAUUCUGAUGCAUUACAUUCCAUUAAUCUGAAACGAUAUCUGAGGUAUUUUUUAUAGAGAUUUUAUUAUUA